UUAAGCAUUUGGUCAAUUUAUAAUAAAUGUAAAUAAUUUAAAAAGCAAAUGCCUUCCAAAUAUCUUUUAAUAGUAUUGUGUAUAUUUCCCAAUUCUUUUUAUGCGGCACAUAUACUAUCAUUAUUUGGAAUGCCUGUGCCAUCGCAAUAUGCCUUUAUAGAGCCGUUACUAAAAGAAUUGGCGAGACGUGGCCACCAAAUAACGUCCAUAACAAGUUUUCCACAAAAACAACCAGUGCCCAAUUUUCGUGAUGUUGUGGUUAAGAAAAAUUUAAAUUUAUUUAUAGACUAUAAAAAUUUCACCGUCGAUAAUAUCGAAUCAAAUUAUUAUGAGAUAAUGGAUGAUUUAUACAAUCGAGCUUUCCAAAUGUGUAUAAAUAUACAAAAUGAUGCGACAGUUCGUCAUAUAUUGAAUAAAGAGAAAAUCGAUUUAAUUAUUAUGGAGGUAUUCUUUUCAGAAUCAUUUUUUGGUUUAUCGGAGUAUUUGCAGGCUCCUAUUGUAGGUGUCUCCACGUUGGGUGCUAUGAUUUCAAUUGAUGAAUUAGUGGGUAAUAUAAGUCCCAAGUCUUACUUACCAAAUUUGAUUUUACCUUUGCAUGAAAUGACUUUUUGGGAAAGACUUUUAAAUGUUAUCUUGUAUUUUGUGGAACUGGCUCAUUACUACCGCAAAUAUAUGCCGAUACAAAAACAAAUCUAUAAUUUUUAUUAUCCCAAUGCAAAAUUAACUUUCGAAGAAGCACAAAAAAAUUUCUCUUUAGUUCUAUUGAAUGAUCACUUUGUGCUAACGACACCAAGACCAUAUGUACCCAAUAUGAUUGAAGUGGCUGGUUUAAAUAUUGUAACAAAUCCCGAACCUUUAACACCGGUUAUAAAGCAAAUCUUAGAUAGCAGUCAUGAAGGAGUUAUUCUUAUAUCUUUAGAUGUUAAAUUGAAUCAGCAAACAAUAAAUAUAUUUCUACAACAAUUUAAGUCCAUGCCUCAGAUUGUAUUUUGGAAAACUUCCCAGAAAAUUUCUAAUCCACCGUCAAAUGUAUAUAUAUCUCCUAACUUUGUUGAAGCCUCUAUACUACCACAUCCUAAUAUCCAACUUUACAUAACCCCUGGUGGUUUUCUUAGCAUUAUAGAGACUGUCUAUCAUGGUCUACCGAUUUUGGGUGUGAUCUCUACAGAAAAGCAGGAAGAUUAUGUGGACUACGUCAAAAGGGUAGGCAAUGGAGUGUCCAUUAAAUUACACACCAUAACGGAAAAAAGUCUUGCAAAAGCUUUCAAUGAACUUUUAGAAACCCCAUACUAUGCAAACAUUGCCAAAACUUUAUCACUUAGAUUUCGUGAUCAACAAAAUACACCCCUAGAACGUGCUGUCUAUUGGAUUGAAUAUGUUUUACGUCAUAAAGGUGCCGCACAUUUACGCAACAUGGGACAGAAUUUGACAUGGUGGCAAUUUUACAAUGUUGAUGUAAUAAUUGCAAUAUUAUGUAUAUUUGCUUUAAUAAGUUUUUUAGCUUUAGUUUUAGUAAAGAUUUUGAUACAAUUCUUAUGGAAAUUGAAAACGAAAAGAAACAUUAGUAAUGUGAAUAAAGAAAAGAAAGUCUAAAAGACAUAAAGUGUUAAA